GUGGAAAGCAAGCAGGUGUUGGGGAGGCAGUUACCAGGGCAACAGGAACAGGGCGUUUCAGAGGUGGUUGCCAUGGGGACCUGGAUGCUGACGAAGGCUUGCGAGGCUGUGAGCAGCCACAGUGCCCUGCUCAGAAGCCCCAGGCUCGGCAGUCCAGUUGGUUCUCCGUUUGCACUUAGGAGCACGGGCAGGCAAGUGGCCCCUAGUUUUGGGAGCAGAGCAGCAGUCCAGACCUGUUCCCUCACACUCAACGCUUGCCUGCCCUCCUGGUGCCAGGAUGGCAACCAUCACCUGCACCCGAUUCACAGAAGAGUAUCAGCUCUUUGAGGAACUGGGAAAGGGAGCCUUCUCUGUGGUGCGCAGAUGUGUGAAGGUGUUGGCCGGCCAGGAGUAUGCUGCCAAGAUCAUUAACACCAAGAAGCUCUCAGCCAGAGACCAUCAGAAGCUGGAACGAGAGGCCCGCAUCUGCCGCCUGCUUAAGCACCCCAACAUCGUCCGACUCCAUGACAGCAUCUCCGAGGAGGGACACCACUAUCUUAUCUUCGACUUGGUCACUGGUGGAGAGUUAUUUGAAGACAUUGUGGCCCGGGAGUAUUACAGUGAGGCUGAUGCCAGUCACUGUAUCCAGCAGAUCCUGGAGGCUGUGCUGCACUGCCACCAGAUGGGGGUAGUGCACCGGGACUUGAAGCCCGAGAAUCUACUGCUGGCCUCCAAGCUCAAGGGUGCCGCUGUGAAGCUUGCUGACUUUGGCCUGGCCAUUGAGGUGGAGGGGGAGCAGCAGGCAUGGUUUGGGUUCGCAGGGACACCUGGAUACCUCUCCCCAGAAGUGCUGCGGAAGGACCCAUAUGGGAAGCCUGUGGACCUGUGGGCCUGUGGGGUUAUCCUGUACAUCUUGCUGGUUGGGUACCCCCCGUUCUGGGAUGAGGACCAGCACCGCCUGUAUCAGCAGAUCAAAGCUGGAGCCUAUGAUUUUCCAUCACCAGAAUGGGACACUGUCACCCCAGAAGCCAAGGAUCUGAUCAAUAAGAUGCUGACCAUCAACCCAUCCAAACGCAUCACGGCUGCUGAGGCACUCAAGCACCCCUGGAUCUCGCACCGGUCCACCGUGGCCUCCUGCAUGCACAGACAGGAGACUGUGGACUGCCUGAAGAAGUUCAAUGCCAGGAGGAAACUGAAGGGAGCCAUCCUCACCACUAUGCUGGCUACCAGGAACUUCUCCGGAGGGAAGAGUGGAGGGAACAAGAAGAACGAUGGUGUGAAGAAAAGAAAGUCCAGUUCCAGCGUUCAGUUAAUGGAAUCUUCUGAAAGCACCAAUACCACCAUCGAGGAUGAAGACACCAAAGUGCGCAAACAGGAAAUUAUAAAAGUGACAGAGCAGCUGAUUGAAGCCAUAAGCAAUGGAGAUUUUGAAUCCUACACGAAGAUGUGCGACCCAGGAAUGACAGCUUUCGAACCUGAGGCCCUGGGGAAUCUGGUCGAGGGAUUGGACUUCCAUCGAUUCUAUUUUGAAAACCUUGUGUCUCCUCAGCCCUUCCCAUCCCUGCCUCCAGUGUGGUCCCGGAACAGCAAGCCUGUGCAUACCACCAUCCUGAAUCCCCACAUCCACCUGAUGGGUGAUGAAUCUGCCUGCAUCGCCUACAUCCGUAUCACACAGUACCUGGAUGCGGGUGGCAUCCCCCGUACUGCCCAGUCAGAGGAGACUCGCGUCUGGCAUCGCCGGGAUGGCAAAUGGCAGAUUGUCCACUUUCACAGAUCUGGAGCACCUUCAGUCCUGCCUCAUUGAAGGGCCAGGCUGGGGCCACCGUACUGCUGCAUCGCAGAGAUCCGCUCUUUUUCCGUGGAAUGUGGCUGCUGGUUAUUUCCCUCUUGGAUUUUGCUGGAAUUCUCCCUCUCACAUCACCCUACCAUCAUCACCUCUGUACCUGCAUCGAGAAAAUCUGCUUAUUCAAAAAAACCACCACAAUGUCAGAGCAAAAGGCCAAAUCUUCGCAUUUCAUCUCUUACUCUUCCCCUGCCAGGAGGGUCCUUCCUCAGGCUUGGGUACCCAGGGUGCUGGUCCCAAGAAUCUCCCAACUUCCACCUGCCAUUGUUGGCCUGGCCUGGCCUUGGCUGGAGGCGCAAAGGCUUCCACCUCUCUGUUUACCAGGCACUGAGGAGAGCAUGUCACCAGGGUCCCUCUUGGGCCCCUUCUCUUCUGGUCCCUGGGGAAGCAUCAGUGAAUCCCCCAAUCUCCAAGCCAACCUCUCUGGAGGAGAGAAGCUGAUGCCAGGAGCCCCUGUCUGGAGCACUGCUGUCGUCUCUCUCCUACACUGACGUCGUGGUGUAGUCAGACUGCUGCAAGGUUCACCUCCAGCACCUACCUGCCUGGCCAUCCUCCGUCAUCCUUGGAGAAUUCCAGCGUCGUCCAUUUGACAGAUCUGAUUGAGUUUCAGGGGCAAAAAGCAAACAACAUUUAGGUAUCACUUCUACUUGGACGCAUGCCUUUUUACAGCCAAACUUCUGUGUAUUUCAUAACUGGAUUUCAUGUUAAUGUAAUACCUAGACCUCUCAAAAUAUUGUGAGGAGGGUUGGAAAUCAGGUGGGAAGAAGGGUGAGGGGGAGUUUUUAUUCUGUUUUGGAUUUUAUUUAUUUAUUUUUUUGGUCCUUUAUGAGGUGACUUCAGCCCCCAGGGAGCACAGCCUCCUUCCAUUCUGGUCCUGAGGAGAGCUGACUCAAGACUUCUUCCAGAGCCAGUGUAACCAAGACACAGCACAUCAGGGCUGGGUAGGGAGUUGUCAGGAUGGAGACAUACAAGCUUUGCUUUGCUUCCUUUGCACACUGGAGUCCUCACUGCUGUGCUUUUCAGGACUUCCUCCUUUACAACUGUGUGCAGCCUCCAUCCCUACCAGCUCCAAGCACUCCCGAGAAUGUGUCUUCAUUUCCUCUCUCCCCUUGACAUCUGAUGGCCAAAGCAGAAUUCUAGAAAUCUCUCCUCUCCCCACCCCUCCACGUUGGAUGGCAUUCUCUUCUUCCAUUUCCUCUCUCUCUCUCCUUCUUCCGGGAUUGGCUCUCAUGUGGAAUGCCAUGGCUCACCCUUGGGGAUCUCCUGUCUGCACUGUUUUCUUUGCAUGACUUUAUAUGCAGUAAGUAUGUUUAAAAACAAACAAA